UUCCCCAUUUUUUUUACUGUGGUUCUAACGCCGAAAUCCGAGGUCCGUGUCCGUCAAGACACUGAUGAUGACUGUGAGGGGUACUGAGACGGUAUAUAAGAGGGAUGGCUCUUAGAGAACCAGUCAAAGCCUCAAUGCAAACAACAAUGUCAGUCAAGCGUACAAUCCUACAAGCCCUGCCCAUCGAAGCGCUUCCCGGCUGGGAAUCGCGCCUGGUCUUGCUCGAAUACCCGCCCGGGCUGGCUGCACCGCUGCACACCCACCCCGUCCCCGCCACUGGCUUCGUCGUCGCGGGAUCCGUCAUCUCACAAUGGGAGGGAGGCGAAGUGGAGCGCUACUCAGCGGGUCAAAGCUUCGUAGAUCUGGGCGUGACCCGGCACCUGCGCAGCGAGAAUGCGAGCCAGACGGAGCCGCUCAAGAUGCUCGUGUCGUACGUCAUCAAAAAGGGCGAGCCCAAUGUCAAUGCUUUGUGACUGUGUUUGACAACAUUAGGGCCUCGAGCGAGGACCCCAGGAGUGUGUGUGUGUAAAAGGCUGCCACCUUCGGGGAUAUAAUGCAAUGGAGUCGGGAACCAUCACCCAGGCAAAGCCUGGCCCUCUU